AUGACAGAACAAAAGUCGUUUGAUGCCGAGAGCGGAAAGGAGGAGUUUAGCGCCAACGUCGUUCAGGAUGAGAACUCUGGUGUCAUCACAGAAGCUGAAAAGGCGCUGCGAUGGAAGCAGGACAAGCGAAUCGUGCCUCUGUCGGCUGGCAUCUACUUCCUGUGCUAUCUUGACCGCUCCAACAUAGGGAACGCAAAGAUCAUGAAUUCGAGCACUGGCGACGAUCUCAUGACCGAGACUGGGAUGAGCAAUACCCAAUACACCAUCGCGCUCAUGAUCUUCCUCGUGGCCUAUGGACUAUUCGAGGUUCCCUCUAACAUCCUCCUUAAGAAAUUGAAGCCCUCGCGCUGGAUAGCUUUUCUCAUGUUCUGCUGGGGCGCGCUCACCAUGGGUCUCGGUGGUGUGAAUAGCUACGCCGAGGUGACUGUUGUACGAUUCCUCCUCGGCGUUUUCGAGGCCGGUCUGUUCCCCGGCUUGGUCUACUACCUUACCUUCUGGUAUAAGACCGAAGAGCGAAGCAUCCGGGUUGCUUUCAUCCUAGCAUCCGCCACCUUGGCGGGCGCUUUCGGAGGUGCGAUCGCAUAUGGAAUCGGGCACAUGAACAAGGCUGGCGGAUUGUCAGCCUGGAGGUGGUUAUUCAUCAUCGAGGGUAUACCGUCUUGCCUCUCUGCAUUCCUGGUCUGGCUUUUCCUGCCAGAUUACCCAGAGGAGGCAACGUGGUUGACUAUUCAAGAAAGGGAUCUAGCGGUAGAGCGACUGCGCGUCGAGGGAAGCAAGGGUCACCACAAGGCAAUGAGCUUGUCGGACGCCAUGGCGACCCUGACAGACUGGAGAUUAUGGGCUCAUUACGUAGUGUAUUUUGGGAUCUCAACCCCGUUCAGCUCUCUUUCGCUCUUCACGCCUUCCAUCACUGCCGGCUUGGGCUAUCACGACCUUCACGCACAGCUGAUGACUGUGCCACCCUACGCUGUCGCUUAUGUUGUCUCAAUUCUGACAUCUUGGUCAGCGGACCAUUUCAAUGCCCGCGGACUCCACUCAGCGGGAAUGGCCACCAUCGGCGCAAUUGGCUUCCUCGCAUCAGCUGUCCUACCAGCCGACGCAUACGCAUCACGAUAUGGGUGCUUGAUUGUAGCGGCUUCUGGCGCAUUCGCUUGCAUCCCUCCGCUACUAGGAUGGCUGUCGUCUAACAUCUUCAGCACCGCCUCCGUCGGCCUUGCCAUUGCCUUGAAUAUCGGUCUAGGAGGUGCUCCCGGCCAGAUCGUAGGCGUAUUUAUAUAUAAGCCGAACGAGGCCACCGCUGGAUAUCCCACAGGUCACUGGACGAAUGCGGCGCUGCUGUUCAUGGUGGGUGUUGGCUGCGUAGCACUGAGGAUAUACUAUGCGCGCCGCAACAAGAAAAUCUUAAGUGUGGGCGGAGAGGACAUUCGGCUUUUCAAGUAUUGA